AUGUUUGACUGGUCUGGAGAAGGUGUCCGGUUCCCGGAUCAGACCACCGGAGGGCUGCAGAAGCACCCCCCAGCCUCAGAUCCAGACAGCAGCGGCCUGGAGAGGUCAGCCAGCAUCUGGACUGGGCCAUUGGAGGGCUGUGGAAGCAUCCCUGAUCUCAGAUCUGGGUGGCAGCAGCAUGGAGAAGGUGUCUGGUGCCUGGAUCGGGCCAUCAGAGGGCUGCAGAAGCUUCCCCUGGCCUCAGAUCCAGGAAGCUGUGGCCUGGAAAAGGCCUCAGAUCCAGGAAUCUGUGGCCUGGAAAAGGCCUCCGGUGCCUGGAUUGAGCCACUGGCAUUACCUCUAUCUUUGUGUAAUGGUCCUUGUGAGACAGGAUACAGCAAGGAAAAGAUAGAAGGGGAGUCUUUUUGCUGCUAUGCUUGCCGUCUGUGUCCAGAGGGGAAAAUAUCAACAAAGAAGGAUGUAGAUGACUGUUCUCCAUGUCCAGAAGAUCAAUAUCCAAAUCCUGACAAAAAUAUGUGCAUUCCAAAGCGGAUCACCAUUUUGUCCUAUGAAGAACCCUUGGGAAUCAGUCUGACCGUUCUUUCUCUUUGCUUUUCUUUAAUGACAACUUUGGUAAUCACAAUCUUCAUGAAACACACAGACACUCCCAUUGUCAAAGCCAAUAACCGGAAUCUCACCUACAUCCUCCUAGUUUCCCUCCUCCUCUCUUUCCUUUGCGUGUUUCUGUUUCUUGGGAGACCUAACACAAUUGUGUGUCUCCUUCGGCAACCAGCUUUUGGCCUCAUCUUUUCUGUGGCAGUUUCUUGUGUCUUGGCCAAAACCUUUGUUGUGGUUCUAGCAUUCAUGGCCACCAAACCUGGUUCCAGAUUGAGGAAAUGGGUGGGGGGAAGAAUGGUCAGUUUUAUUCUUCUAUCCUGUUCCCUUGUUCAAAUGUGUGUUUGUGCUGUGUGGCUGAUAGCGUCCCCACCAUACCCGGAUUUUGAUGCCCAUUCAGUGUCUGAAGAACUCAUCAUGGAGUGCAAUGAAGACUCAGUCAUGUUCUAUUGUGUUUUGGGCUUUAUGGGGUUUCUUGCUCUUGUUAGCUUCUCUGCUGCUUUUCUAGCUAGGAAGUUACCUGAUAGUUUCAAUGAAGCCAAAUUCAUCACUUUCAGCAUGUUGGUCUUCUGCAGUGUUUGGCUGUGCUUUAUUCCAACCUAUCUAAGUACAAGGGGAAAAUAUACCUUGGCUGUGGAGAUCUUCUCCAUGAUCUCCUCCAGUGCUGGCUUAUUGGUAUGCAUCUUCCUUCCCAAGUGUUUUAUCAUUGUGAUGAGACCCGAACUGAAUGAUAAACAUCAGCUCAUGAAAAGAAAGUUUUAA